AUCUCGACGAGUGUCAGACACCACACCAGUGCCAACACGAGUGCAGGAACAGCCUGGGCAGCUACAGCUGCCUCUGCCCCUCUGGCUACCGGCUGCUGUCCAAUGGGAAAACCUGCCACGAUGUGGAUGAGUGCAGGGAGGGCACAAUCCAGUGCGGCCCCAGCCAGAUGUGCUUCAACACGCGUGGAGGUGCCCUCUGCACAGACGUGCCGUGCCCGGCUGGGUACCGGAGAGGCUCCAGCCCAGCGCUGUGCGUGGGGCGCUGCCCCCCGUUCUGCGGCCCGGCGGGUCCCCCCACGCUGCAGUACCAGCUGCUGCCCCUGCCCCUCGGCAUCGCUGCCCGCCGGGACGUGCUGCGCCUCACCCCGGCCUCCUCCCUGCGCCACCGGCCCGUGUUCCGGCUGCUGGAGCCGGAGCCCGACAGCCCCUUUGCCCUGCGCAGCGAGCGGGGCCGGGGCAUCGUCUCCACCGUGCGGCCGCUGCGGGAGCCCGGCACGCACCGGCUGCAGGUGCAGGCGCUGCUCCCGGACGGGCAGCGAGCGCCCAGCACCUUCCUCCUCCUCAUCUCCGUCUCGCCCUACCCUUACUGACACAGCCCAGGGGCAGGAGGGGAUCAUUUCUCCUCCUGUCCCUCCCCACCCCAUCGGUGGGGCAUGUGGUUCAGGGAAUGCUGAGCUUGUACCUCUUGUGUCCCUCCCAGACACCCCUGCCCCUCUCAGCUGUGCUCCUUUCACCCAGGGCCGGGCCCUGACUCAGCAGGAGAGUCAGGAUCCCAUGGGGGAUAAGAUGUGCCACCAAUCUCCUGCAAUCAGGUCCCAAAUCCCAGAGCAAACACAGCUUUGGGUGUGUUUGGAUGGCCUUGGCUGCUGUCAGUCCCCAAAUGUGGGGGUGGGAAGGUGAACUGGGAGACAGUGGCCAGCAAGGGUCCCACCAGGGAGCAGGGAGGGAUUCCCUGAGCUGGGGAGGGUGUGGGACACCCCAGCAUUAACCAUUA